AUGAAUCGAAAUAAUCCAAAUGAUUCUCAAUAUGGUAGUCAGAAAAGAUCGCGACCACACAAUUCAACCCGUAAUAACACCAAUGCACAACUAUUACCACCGAGAAAAUCGAUGAAAAAAGCGGUUAUGUUCAAUACAGACACUGUGGGGAAUACAGCUGGUACUUAUAUGACGACAACCACAGCCGGUCAACCAAUGGGGCCAAAUCAUUCAUCAAAUUCUUCAACCACCAGUCGAUCAUCAAACGAAACUACUUACACAUCGAUGACAUCUCCAAUCAUUCUCUAUAAAAUCAAUUUACAAGCAAAUGCGAAUGCACGACGAACUGUUUUAUUGCUGAUUCUUCUACUCUCAUUUUACGUUCUCUGUUGGGCGCCGUAUAACAUUUUUGCAUGGCAUCAUAUUUACAAAACAGCCGGAAAUUCGAAUGAAACUGAACCAUUUCUACAUCGAUCAUUAGCAAUCGAUUUCAACGUAACAGAUCUAUCAAUGAUGGAAAGUACGCGUAGCUCCUUACAACGAUUCAUAUAUAUUCAUCAUUCAUUAUAUCUUUUGUCAAUGAUGUCGAUGUGUUUCAGUUUCAUCUUCUACUUUUCUUUGAAUAAGCAAGCCCGGCACGAAUUUUCCUAUUUCAUCGAUUGUCUUUGUCCGCGAUGCACCCGAAGGCUUUCCGAUGAACAAAAGAGGCAAAAAACACAAAUACUCGGUGAAAAUAUCCGACGUUUGCAUUACGAUGUUCGGUAUCAGCAUUAUUUUGCACAAAAUAACCCGAAUUUAUUUGUACAACCAAAUGGUAAUCAACGUGUGAAAACAAUGAGAUUCAAUACACAUCCAGUAAUCAUUCCGCCCGCAUCCACACUGUUGGAUCGAAAUAAAGCGACAAUGCGUUCGAAUUCACUUAAUCCCAGACGUAAAAAUGCGACACCACAGCGAGCGUCACAUCCUUACGGACAUUGUGUUGAACGUCGUUCAUGA